GCGCUUAGAAACAAAAUGGCGGCUGAUACAAAUAAUCCUAGUUUAAAUUCCUCAAAGUAAACACUACUGCCUUAAUCCGAAAUCAAUUAGCAUUUUCAAGUUAAGGAUUUAACGAGUCUCUUCUCCGCUAUUGACCGAGUUCAUCAUCUUUUAGUUUGUAUGAUUUUAACAAGAUUCUGGGAAAAGUUCUUAAAAAAAGAACGAAACCUUCCGUAAGAAAUUAUAAUCGAUUUGUAUCGAUAUUGGAAGUGAUUUGUUUGACAGGUACGAUUAACGGCUAUUACAAAGCUUUAAAUCGAUUUGUUUUAACAAAAUGAUAUGGAUUUGUAGAUGGAGUCCGCCGUAAGAGGUCCUUUGAUAGUUAGUCACAAAAACGAUUUUGGUCAUGCCCAAGAGAUGCAAAGACCAAGAACCCAACCCAAUGCUAAAAGGUCCUCGCCUCAAAGAGCAUUCGUUAAAAGUGCCAUUUCGAAUGCAAAUAGGCCUAGUACCGUUAUAGGCGUCUCUAGAGCGGAUUGUGAAAGGGUAAGACAAGUGCAACAGGAGCCGACACGAUGUCACAAGUUUGAAAAUCACCUUGGUAUAAGGAAGUCAAAAAAGAAUGUUUGGAGGACUCAGGAGCCGUCUAUGACGCCCUCUGUUGUCUGUCCGGGAUACUUAUUUGCAAGAAAUAAAAGUAAAAUAGAAGUAACAAUAAAUCCGGAACAAUUUUUCGAUAGGGACAGCAUUCAAAAUAACAGCUUCUCUCCAGAGAUGAAAUCGGAUAGAGAAAGCCAAAAUAAAAGGAAGAAAGGUGAUCACAACCCAAAAAUCAAACGCUUUUAUAAAUCCCACCCAUCUGCUAGAAAAAAUCUUCGUCCUAAAAGUAGUAGAAACACUCCUAAACUUCCAAAUACCGCCAAUCCCCUAAUCCGGUCCGCCUGUCCCAAUCAAAACUAUGAAGAGCUCUUAUCGAAAUUGGGUCAAUUAGACGCUAGUUUGCAAUCGAAGAGUGACAGGAGGAGAUCGAUAAAUUUGUACUCGGUCAAUUCUUUACCCGUUCUAGAUGAAGGUAGUGAAGACGACAGUCGAUCUUAUACUCCAAACAUACGUGUUGUUGUUACCCCCAUUGAAAAGAAAAAGCUUCAGAAUCCUAUAUCUUCGAUAACGCCUUCUAUAUCAGAUAUUCGAAGCCCGAGAGAAGGUUUUUAUCAAGAACAUCAAACUCGACCUGGUAGUAUUGGAUCAGAAAGCAUUGGUGAUAUAACUCCAAACGUCAGCGAUGUUGAUGAUGACGACGAAACUUUUUUACCCAAGUCUGUAACACCAGCCCAAAUUUUCGUUGUUCCUCUAGAUAGGAGAUCUUUGAGUGAAGCAUCUAAUGACCGAAAGAGAGAGAGACUUGAAAGAAAUUUUGGAAUCAGCAGUGGAAGACCAGCAUCUAGUAGAAAAGUUCAGUCUGGAGUAAAAAGAUCACCCGCUCCUGGCAGAAAGCUUCGUAAUAGAAGUCUCUCAGUACCAGAUAUCGUUGUUUCGGAUACGGAUGACGAUUCAACAACAGUUAUGAAGUUACGAACAGGACUAGAUACAGAGCCACCAAUUUUAGCACGAGAGCGAGGUGGAAGAUCAUCACUAACUGUUCCUCAAAAUUUCCCUUUCCAAAAUUGA